AUGCGGCCUACCAAAACAAGAAAAAAGAAAAAAAGUGGCCCUAUGGUCGUUUUCUUUCUACCAGCACUGGUCCGUUUCCCACCUCCGGGUCGGAUAAAACCCAUCUUGUCGAAACCCGACCGAGCUUCUCCGACGAACACGAUGCUGAAGAUGAGCACUCAACGACAGGUCGUACAUGGCCCUGGCCGCCGGAUCGGACAGCGUGGCUUAGGCGUUGUGAAUCUCGAUGAAAUCUCGGCCGUCCGAUUCCGACGACGAGGCGUCCGGAUGGUAGAGCUUGGCCAAGGGGUAUAA